AUGGCACUCAAUGUUUUGAUUGUAGGAGCUGGAAUCGGCGGUCUUAUGGCUGCGAUUGCUCUCCGAGAGCAAGGACAUGAGGUAACUCUCCUCGAGUCUUCCAGGUUCAGCAACGAGACUGGAGCAGCUAUCCAUAUGGCACCAAACGCGAAUGGUUUGCUCAAGCGCUAUGGAGUCGAUAUCGAAAAAGUUGGCGCAAACGAAUGCAGCCGAAUUGCACAAUACCACGCCGAGUCUGGAAAGGCACUCUUCCAAGUCGAUCUCACAAUGCCAAACAAGCAGUGGCAGCACAAGUGGCUGUUGGUACACCGUGCCCAUUUGCACAACGCUCUGAGAGAGCGAGCCAUCGGACAAGAGGGCAAAGGCAAGCCCGCAACUCUGAGACUGGCCAGCAAAGUCGCUUCAGUAGACCCGGAGAAGGCAGAGGUGACCCUGGAGAACGGCGAGAAGGUGUCCGGCGAUGUCCUUCUUGGAGCUGACGGCGUUCACUCGCUAUGUCGUAAGGCACUCGACCUCGACAAUGCGGAGAAAUACACACCGUUCGAUUGCGGUCACAGUGCUUACCGAUUCCUGGUACCCAAAGAUGAAGUCAUGGCUGAUCCAGUCUGCCGAGAAUUCGUCGAGCAGGAGGGUAUGCUCUGCAUGAUCGUUGGUGAAGACCGCAGAGUCGUUGUAUAUCCUUGUGUGGAGAACAAGCUCAUGAACUUCCUUCUGAUCCACCCAAGCAGUGAAUCACGCUCGGAUGAUGCUGGCUGGAACCAACAAGGUGACAAGAAGCGUAUGCUUGCCAGUGGUGCCAGCUUGGCCCCUCAAGUUCGCGCUCUCCUAGAAAAAGCUCCCGAAGACAGCUUGAAGGUCUGGACUUUGCUAGACAUGGAGGUGCUCCCUACAUGGAUCAAGGGAAGCAUGGCAUUGUUGGGUGAUGCCGCUCAUCCAUUCUUGCCUCACCAAGCUCAAGGUGGUGGUCAAGCUAUGGAAGACGCAAUCUCGCUCGCAGCGAUCUUGCCUCACGGCACCCCCAAGGAAGACAUUCCUGAAAGACUGAGAUUGUAUGAGCAAUGCAGACGCGAGCGUGCAAACAGAAUUCAGGACGGUACCAGACUAAGUGGAACAUCUCAGAAGGAUCUUGCAAAGAUGGGCAAGAAGUACGAUGCUUUUGCCUUCACCAACUACAACUUCGGCCAUGACGAAUGGGACUUCUCAAAGAACGCUCUGAACAAGCAUCUCUGGUCCAAGCAGCCAUACCGUUUCCGUCAGCCAAUGUCAUUCGGUCCUAGCCCGGGUCCACGCCAGCCGCUCAAUGCUCUGCUGGAUGUGCACUCGAUGGCUAAACAGAACCAGACAAUAGCCUCAAUCCGAUUCAGGACCUCAAGGACCUAUCUUCAGAACUUGUUGCCAAGCUCUUCGUUCUCCUUCAUGUCAGCGGCAACGGUCGUAGAAGCCUCUAUCGUGUGUUGCUCGCUGCGCAACAUGACAUGGCUCGGUAACACUGGUUACGACCACUGCGGUCUCUACAUUCACGGAGUGAAAUACACCAAGAAAGAUGGCGAGAUUCUCCAAGGAACCUUCCUACCAAUUUUGUUCGAGAACCUGACCGAUCCCAUCAUUACUGGUCGCGAAGAGCUUGCCGCACCCAAGUUGGGUUGCGACAUCGACGUCUCAGCUUCUGGCGACUCUCGCAGCGUACGCAUGAGUUGGCGUGGAACCACUUUUGCUGAGCUCGAAUGGAAUGGUCUUCGAGCAAAGCCUCAGACAAAUGGUACCAGUGGCGCCAACGGCAUCGAAGACAACGGCUUGUUUAUGUACCGUUACGUGCCAGCUGUUGGUGAACCAGGAAAGGCGGAUGCCGAGUAUGCCGUCUUUGACGAGUAUGAGAAGAAGGCACAGUCAUCUGCAGAGCCUCAGCAAGAAGUGCAAGACCAGACGACCAAGUCGGCAUCUAUCAAGUUCUCGGCUGGUGACUGGAACUCGCUUCCGACCCUACACCACAUUGCUCAAGGCCUUGCGGACGUGCCGAUCUACGGCAUCGUGGAGGCCACUGUGAAGGAAGUACCAUCGGUAGGCGAUGUUAGAGGAGCAAGGAGAAUUGAGUAG